AUGGAUUCGGAAGAAAGGACUGCUGUCUUAUGGUUUAUGCAAGGCAGUUGUAUGGUUUCAUUUUACAGCUACACUGAAGGGGAAGGCAAUCGCAAACGUAAUCUCGGCACUGAAAAUCUCGUAUUGGCCGAUCUUUCAUACCGUCAGAUUUGUUCAUUGAAAAUAGCGCAACCAGCGAUCCAACAUUUGACUCAUCUCACCAAGCUGGAGUUACAAAGCAAUCGAUUAACGACGUUGCCAGCCGAACUAUGGAGACUUUCAGGAUUGGAGGAGCUCAAUGUGGGCAAGAAUCGAAUUACAUUUAUCCCACCUGAUAUUGCACGCUUAUCACAGCUGCGUGAAUUAUACCUGUACGACAAUCUAAUCGAGACUUUACCUUCACAAGUGGGUGACUUGAAACAGCUACAGAUCCUUGAUGUCACUGCCAACAAGUUGAGCUAUUUACCUGCCGAGUUGUUACGUUUGGCUCUCACCAAUACGUGGAUCGAUCGAAAUGAUUUUGCUGUGGAUCUCAAAUGGAAGCAAAAGGAGGGUCCUUUUCGGAUACGAGGGGCCAGUUUCUCAAAGACAAUGCGUGUAGAUGUCUUAUCUUUGCGGUCCCUUUGUCUUCAAAUCGCCGGAUCCAAUCUCAUUGAACUCUCACAGAAGGAAGGAAACCAAGAAUUACAACAUCAAUUGGAGAUAUUACAACAUCAAUCGUGCCUUUCUCAACUAUUACUGGAUGAAUUGCUUCAACCCUUAUCUCCUGCUGCUAGCCAAAGUCCCCUUUAUGUAUAA